AUGGUCCGGUAUGAUUUCGCUUGGCUUUGGGCCAUCCCCGUGCUGGCCCAAGUACACAGCUUCCAUCCCAGUGACCAUGACUACAUCACAUACAGCAUCAAUGUUCCUGACGACACGUCCAAAUCGGGAUCUGGCCCUAUAUUUAUUCAGAUGAACAGUACGCGCCGGGUACAGUGGCUUGCACUGGGCCAAGGAAGACAAAUGGCUGGCGCCAAUAUGUUUGUAGUCUACACAUCGGGCAACAAUGUGACUGUGUCUCCGCGGUCGGGCGUUGGUGAAAUUCAACCAUUGUAUAACAAGGACGCCCAGAUCACAAUUCUCAAUGGCAGCGGUGUGCAUGACGGGGUUACGACUGCCAGCUUCCGGUGUGAUAGUUGCAUCAAAUGGAAUGGCGGAUCAGAGGAUGUGAAGAGCACUUCCAGUUCGUGGAUAUGGGCAAUGAAGGACGGAGAUUCCCUCAGCUCCUCCAGCGUGUCCGAGCAUAUCACACACCACGAUGAUCGGGGCGUUGCAUCCAUCGAUUUGACAAAAGCAACUGGCGGUAGCUCUGACAACCCUUUCGCUCAAUUGGCCCAAACCUCUGUGUCCUCCGCCGAGGAAGACCCGACUUCUGCGGCUAUCCGAGACACCAUCAAUCGGAAGAAAACAGCGCAUGCUGUGCUCAUGGUCUUGGCUUUUGUGAUCAUGUUCCCUUUCUUCGCUCUGGGACUUCAUGUCUUCCCGUCGAAAUGGACAGUGAACAUCCAUGGGACCUUCCAGUUGCUCACACUGGCAGUGGCUAUUGCUGGUCUCGGGGUAGGUGUCUCAAUGGCACGGCAGAUAAUGCUGGUCGACUCUUACCACGCAAUCAUUGGCAUGAUUGUGGUCGCGAGUCUGGUGCUUUUCCAGCCGGCCAUGGGCGUUUUGCAGCAUCGGUAUUUCCGGAAAACAGGCGGAAAGGGCGUCUUUGCGUACACGCACCGAUGGUUUGGAAGGACGAUGAUAAUAUUGGGGGUGAUCAAUGCUGGCCUUGGCUUCAAGCUUGCGCAAGGGCCCCGUGGGGCUAUCAUUGCAACCAGCGUUGUCGCCGGGAUCAUUGGGAUAUUUUACAUUGCGGUUGUUAGCUGGGUUGGCAGACCAAGGAGGCAUCUCGCAUAG